UAUAUAUUAUGGUGGAGCAGAAGUGAAAAAAUAUAAAGGAAUUAAAUAAUUAUUUCAAGAGAAAAGGAAAAUUAUACGUAAACAUUAUAGAUAAAACUGCAAAUUUAAAACAAUGUCCAACAAUCCUCAGUGGAAAACGUUCCAGCCGCCAAUCAUGAACUCUGACCCGGCAAUACUUGACUACAAGUCUAUGGCUCUACCGAGUCCCAAAGUUAUAUCAGGAUCUCAGCAACAAACAAGCAACAAUUAUAGAAAUGGUACUAACUAUAGCGGUGAUAAUUAUAUGGGUUCUCCUCCUGGAUGUGGUAAAAAUGCUACCACUACCGCUACUACUACUACUACUACCACUUACGGAGCCACAAGAUUUUCUUUUGGGUCAUUAACUAAUAUGGAAGGAAAUGUAGGUUAUGCCGGUGAACCUGCUACCAAUAAUACCGCAUACCAAGAUCAAUCUGCAAAUCAGGGAACCCGUGAAACUGGUAUUAUAGAAAAAUUAUUACACUCGUAUGGAUUUAUACAAUGUUGCGAAAGACAGGCAAGAUUAUUCUUUCAUUUUAGCCAGUUUAGUGGAAAUAUAGAACAUUUAAAAAUUGGGGAUCCAGUAGAAUUUGAGAUGACUUAUGAUCGAAGAACAGGAAAACCUAUUGCUAGUACUGUCAGUAAAAUUGCUCCCGAAGUGGUGUUGAGUGAAGAACGAGUAACUGGUAAUGUGACAACAGAAUUACAAGCCAGUGGUGAUUCACAAGGUCGAAUUAGUUAUGAAAAUCGAGGGGAGUGUUUCUUUUUGCCGUAUACCAAAGAUGAUGUAGAAGGGAACGUCAUUUUGCGUGCUGGUGAUAAAGUGUCAUUUCAAAUUGCUACUAAUCAACGAGGAAAUUUGAGUGCGUGCCAUGUACGAUUGGAAAAUCCAGCACAUCCAGUACGUUAUCGUGGUGUAGUUUGUACAAUGAAAGAAAAUUUUGGCUUUAUUGAACGUGCUGAUGUAGUUAAGGAGAUAUUCUUUCACUUUAGUGAAGCAAAAUCCAUGAAAGAAGAACUCAAAUUAGGAGAUGAUGUUGAAUUUAUAAUACAAACGCGAAAUGGCAAAGAAGUGGCAUGUAAUAUUACUAAAUUACCACCAGGUUCUAUUAUAUUUGAAGAAGUUAGUAAUGAAGUGAUAAAAGGACAGGUAUUAAAACCAUUGGAAAGAGGUAAUGCAGCACGUCAUCACAAUGAUCCAUUACCAGGACGAAUUCGAUAUAGAGAUUCGGAUCAUUGUGAAGUAGAAGUUCCAUUUGGUGAUAAAGAUCAAAAAGGAGAUUUCACGCUUAGGCAUGGAGAUUGGGUCCAGUUUCGUAUUGCCACAGAUACUAGAGAUCAAUUGAAAAGAGCUACAGAAAUAUCCCUUUUACCAGAAUCAUUUACUGUAUCUGGUGAAAGACGAGAACAAGGUACUAUUUCAGCUCUUAAAGAUGGAUUCGGCUUUAUACGUUGCGUAGACAGAGACAGUAGACUCUUUUUUCAUUUCAAUGAAGUUCUUGAUGUUGAUAGAGAAAUUACUGUAGGCGAUGAAGUUGAGUUCACUAUUGUACAAGUUCCUACAUUUUCUUUCGAGGAUCCUUCAUCAUCGUUUUCAUACACUCGACCUAGUGCUAUCAGAUUGAAACAUUUACCAAUUGGUACUGUCCAAUUUGAAACAAUUAUAGAAAAGGAUUUGAUGGGUAACGUGGUAGAAGAUACGAAUGGUGUUCAACGAGGUUUAAUCGGGUAUACGAAAGAUAAUCAACAAAACGUAAUCAUGUUUUUUUCUAAGGAUUGUGAUCCUAAAAAUAUUCCAAAAGUUGGUGAUAAGGUUCACUUUAGUAUUUGUCAAGUUAAACGAAACAAAGAAUUAGUUGCCGUUGAUAUAUCAAUGGUGAAUGCUGCUGGUGAAAAAAUACAAAAUGGAAAUAAAAAAGUGAGUGGUCAAACUUAUCAAGGUUUUAUAGCAGCUCUCAAAGAUGGAUUUGGAUUUAUUGAGACAGUCAAUCAUGAUAAAGAGAUAUUUUUUCAUUUCAGUAAUUUUGAAGGCGAUACUGGGAACUUAGAAUUAGGAGCCGACAUUGAAUGUAUAGUAAGUUCUAACAACAGUAGAGGUUCGGGUGGAUGUAUUGCUGCUGAUUAUGUCAAGCUCGUAACUCGUGGAAGUAUUCCCAGGCCUACAGCAGUCAGUGAACUACUCGACGGAGUUGUAAUACGACCUUUGCGUAGCGCAAAUCCCGAACAGAGUGAAUAUGCUGGUUUAAUCAAAAUUAAUCCAACAAAUGAGGAAGAAGAAACUCAAGAAUAUGAAUUCGGUAUAAUGGGACUUGUCAACAAGCGUGAAUUAUUGCAGAUAGGUGAUCCUGUCCAAUUACAAGUUGAUUCUGCGGGUCAUGCUUGUAACAUAGUAGCUAUCAGGAAAAAAAGAAGGGCAACUGUUGAUGCAGUUAAAGGUCCAUUUGGUUUUCUUGCUUAUGAAGUCGACGAUGGUAAAAAGCUCUUUUUCCAUAUGAGCGAAGUUCGAGAUCACGCUACUUUACAACCAGGUGAUCAAGUGGAAUUUGCAUUGGUUACGAAUCAACGUACUGGUAAAUCAUCAGCCUGCAAUGUAACUCGUCUAAGUGAUGCGGUUCAACAACGACCCGAGCGUUUAAUCAGCCGAUUACGUACUAUUUCAUUGGAAGAUACGGGUCCGAAAUUAACUGUAAUACGACAACCUAAAGGCCCGGAUGGUACACGCGGGUUCAAACAAGAAAGAUUACCACACAUCCCUGGUAACAUCGAGGAAUAAAAUGUCAUAAAGAGCGUAAUUAUUGCGCUCAUACAAAAUUGUAAUCUACCAUUAACUUGUUUUUAAUUCACACAAACAAAACAAAACAAAAACAAAACACGUACACACACGUACACGCAUAUUCCGAUACAGAGAUUAUUAUUAUAAGCAUGAUCUUACAAAACAUUUGCCAAAUCGAGACUAAUGUGACAACAAUAAUCAUUAACAAUAAUAAUCAGUGAAAUGAGAAGAUGGUAAUGAUGAUGAUGAUGAUGAUGAUCUUUUCGACAGAUGGAAAGCAUAUUGAGAAAAAAAACAAAAGCAAAAAAAAAAUAAUAAAACAACGAGUCAUAUUAACGUGUUAAAAAAAAAAAAAAAUAUGAAAGGAAGGAGUAACUAUGAUGAACGACGAUAUAAUUAUAUGCCCGAUCUUUAAUUAGUGUAAGAAAAAUCCAUUUGAAAAAAAAAAGAAAGAAAAAAAAAUUAGUUUACGUUUUUCAUUCUUCAAUUCAUUUUUUCGACGCUUUUUAGCAUUUUUCCGUAAAAAGAAAAAAAAAACAAAACGUCCUUAUAAUUAAACAAUUAUCACCCUACACAACCCCCGUUUAAGUUUGACCUGUAAAACUUAUAUUUUAAUAACGGCGUGUGUUUAAUUGGUACAAAUGAUACAAAUCUCACGUGGAAAAUAAAAAAAAAUAAAAAAAAGGGAGAGAGAGAACAAACAAACAAAAUUAAAAACUUUUGAUUACGAUAUUCCUAGGAAAGAUUAAUAAUUAAUUGAUUUAAGCAUGUGUUCUGUGAACAACACAACAACAUUGUACAGCCCGUGGUUUAAAAUGAUAUCGUAAAGAGAAAAGAAAAGACAAAAACAAAAGAAAAAAAGAAAAAAAAGAAUUCAAUACCGUGAUGAAAAAAAAAUAAUAUGAUGAUAAUGCAUUGGAUUACAAAAAAAAAAAAAAAGAAAACAAAAAAUUUGCUUGUUUCUGAUGUUCUUAGACACAAUUGUCCUGUCUGUCUUCUUCUUUAUAAAAAUAUACUUACAUGUUGAUACAAUCUUUUUAUUUA